GGGCGGCGGGGCCGGGGGAGGGAGGAGCCAGCGCCGUUCGUCCGCCGCCGCCGCCGCCGCCGCCGCUGCGCCCCGCUCCGCUCCGCGCCCCGCACCGCCGCUCCGAGCCCCGCUCCGCGCCCCGCACCGCCGCUCCGCGCCCGCCGCCGUCGACCUCAGAGCUCGCAGAGGAGGGAUCGCCCGGACCCCCGGCGCCCCCCGUCCCGGUCCGGCCCGGGAUGCUGCGCGGUGCUGAGCACUGAGGGGCACCAUGGGGUGCGCGGCGUAGCCCCCCCCCCGCCGCCGCGGACCCCCCUCCCCGCCGUGGCCGCCCCGCCGUGGCCCCCGCGUGGCGCCGGAGCCCCCUCGGUCGGUGCUGAGCGCUCCUUGAUGGAAUUGCGGUGAAUGGAACAGAAGCCCAGCACCCUGGACCCGCUGUCGGAGCCAGAGGACACCCGGUGGCUGGAUGGGAAGCGCAAAAGAAAGAGCAGCCAAUGUUUGGUGAAGAGCAGCAUGUCAGGGUACAUCCCUAGUUACCUGGACAAAGAUGAACAAUGCGUGGUGUGCGGGGACAAAGCCACCGGCUACCACUACCGCUGCAUCACCUGCGAGGGCUGCAAGGGUUUUUUCCGUCGGACCAUCCAGAAGAACUUGCACCCCACCUACUCCUGCAAGUACGAUGGGUGCUGCGUCAUCGACAAGAUCACCCGCAACCAGUGCCAGCUGCGCUUCAAGAAGUGCAUCUCCGUGGGCAUGGCCAUGGACCUGGUGCUGGAUGACUCCAAGCGGGUAGCCAAGAGGAAGCUGAUCGAGGAGAACCGCGAGCGGCGGCGGAAGGAGGAGAUGAUCAAAUCCCUGCAGCACCGGCCCAACCCCAGCGCCGAGGAGUGGGAGCUGAUCCACGUCGUGACAGAAGCCCACCGCAGCACCAACGCCCAGGGCAGCCACUGGAAGCAGAAACGGAAAUUCCUGCCUGAGGACAUCGGCCAGUCCCCUAUGGCCUCCAUGCCCGACGGGGACAAAGUCGACCUGGAGGCGUUCAGCGAGUUUACAAAAAUCAUCACCCCGGCCAUCACCCGCGUGGUCGACUUUGAAAAACUGCCCAUGUUUUCAGAGCUGCCUUGUGAGGACCAGAUCAUCCUGCUGAAGGGGUGCUGCAUGGAGAUCAUGUCGCUGCGGGCGGCCGUGCGCUACGACCCCGAGAGCGAGACGCUGACGCUGAGCGGGGAGAUGGCGGUGAAGCGGGAGCAGCUCAAGAACGGCGGCCUGGGCGUCGUCUCCGAUGCCAUCUUCGACCUGGGCAAGUCCCUCUCUGCCUUCAACCUGGAUGACACCGAGGUGGCCCUGCUCCAGGCUGUGCUGCUCAUGUCCUCAGACCGGAUGGGGCUGAUCUGCGUGGAGAAGAUCGAGAAGUGCCAGGAGACCUACCUGCUGGCCUUUGAGCACUACAUCAACUACCGCAAACACAACAUUCCCCACUUCUGGCCCAAGCUGCUGAUGAAGGUGACGGAUCUGCGGAUGAUCGGCGCCUGCCACGCCAGCCGCUUCCUGCACAUGAAGGUGGAGUGUCCCACCGAGCUCUUCCCCCCCCUCUUCCUCGAGGUCUUCGAGGACCAGGAGGUGUAGGGCCGACACCCCCCGCCCCCCACCCUGUGCCCCCAAAACCCCGCUCUGGCCCCCCACCCCCCCAAAUCUUUCUCGUCCCCCUGGAAGGACAAGGGGAUGCUGUGCCCAGGGUGGGGGUCCUGCUGUGCCCCCCAACAGCCACCCCCCACCCACCCCCCCGCCCCAGGACUUGACGAAUUUUGUUUGUUUGCACAGGGAAGGGCCCCGACGGUCGAGCGUUCCCUUUAUUGUCCUUCUCUUCGUAGAUUAUUAUUUUUUAAGCAUUUAUUUCCCAUCCCUGAGAGGCUAAAAUAUUAAACUAACUGCACUUUGGAAGGAGGAGGAGGAGGAGGAGGAAGAGGAGGAAGAGCAGGGAGGAGAGGAGGGGGCUCUGGGCUGCACAGGGAGAGGCUGCCCCGGCUGGGGGGCCGUGGCCAUAUGCACUUUUGGCCGGGCAGCAAUUUGGGGGGCUGGGGUGGGGGCCAGGACCCUCCCCCGUAGCAGGGCAGGGGCUGGCACCCCCAUCCACCAUAGUGGGGUGAGGGCCAGGACCCCCCCAUAGCAAGGUGGGGGCCAGGACCCCCCCACACAGCAGGGUGGGGGCACAGGGGGGGCACAAGCGGUGGCAGGGGGGACCCAGCCAUCGGGGUGCAGGGCUGGUGGACCCCCCCCCCACCCCAGCCCACUGGGUCUGCCCCGGCUGGGGUGACCCCCCUGUGUCCCCCCCCCACCCUUAUCCCCAAAUUUGGGGCCAGACUUGGGGUUUUGGGGGUUCUCUUGUCUUUUUUUUGGGCUGAG